GUAAAGAUGCGUGGUAUCUUCAGUUGUUGUACACUCACAGCACUGCUGCUGUCUGCAGCCUGGUCAGACCCCCACAGCUCUGAACACAGCCAUCCUGAUGAUACUAGCUACCACAGGCUGUCCUCCUCCAAUGCUGACUUUGCCUUUGCCCUCUACAAAAGUCUGAAGGCCAACACUGCUGCUGGAAAGAACAUCUUCUACUCACCACUGGGAAUCUCCAGCAUCCUGUCCAUGGUGUCUGCAGGAGCUGGAGGUGAAACCCACAGCCAGCUGUUCUCCACCUUGGGCUACAGCGCCUUCAACCAAACCCAGGUCAAUGAAGAGUACAAACAUCUCUUUGAGGUCCAUGGACACAGUCAGGAGAAUCUACAGCUGGAUGUAGGAAAUGCUGCUGCAGUGCGCUCUGGCUUCAAUCCUCUGGAGACGUUCCUGAAUGAUGUCAAGGAGUUUUACUCUGGUGAGAUCUUCAAGGUCAGCCAGGAUCUCUCUGAGGCUGCAGCUGAGAUCAACAGAUUUAUUGCAAAUAAAACCCAGGACAAGAUCAGAGACAUGGUGAAGGACCUGGAUCCUCUUAUGGUCAUGGUGCUGAUCAACUACGUCUACUUUAAAGGACUGUGGGAGAACCCGUUCCAAAGUUACAUGACACGAAAGGCUGAAUUUCAUGUGGACAAGACCACCAAAGUUCAGGUGGAUAUGAUGAAAACGACCGGGGACUACAAGGUGUACUGGGACAGAGCAAACCACGCCACCGUCGUCAGUCUGCCUUACAAGGGCAACGCCUCCAUGAUGAUCGUCCUGCCUGAUGAAGACAAGAUGGAGGAGGUGGAGGGCUACAUCAACAAGGACCACAUCAGACGCUGGAGGGACUCAGUCUCUAUGGAUUACAUAGAGCUGUUCUUGCCAAACUUUUCUAUCUCUACUGAUGCUUCCUUGAAGAGCAAUGCUCUUCAAAUGCUCCACAACAAGUAA